AUGCAUAAACAAGAAACUUGUCGACACUCUUCUCUGUUGCAUUCAAAGAAUCUCCAACAGAUACAACCAGAGGCAAUAUCAAAUGGGCAAUUAUCAUCUUUCGAAAAAUCACAAAGUGGGAAACCUCGUUGUCGAGAGUCUCGUUCUCCAGUUGUGCAAGAGGAACCAGAAAUUUCGCUUGAUGAUAUAAAAAUAAAAGAUGUCAAAAAUUACCGAGACUUGAGCACCCAUGAACUAGUGAUGAGAAAUCGAUUAUUGCAUGAGAAAGUACAACGACGUAUUAAAUUGCUUAAAAGAAUAUAUGAAUUGAGAAAAAGAGGAGGGGCAACGACUAAUAAUGUUGCUAUGACUAAUAAUUCGAAUAUCAACGCUUGGGAACGGAUGUCGCCUGAUAAAGUUAGCUGGAACGCAUUUCUUGAAAUGACGAAAAAAGUAGAUAAAAAUUGA